AUUGGUCAUGUUCGAUGUCUUACUUCUCGUGAAUAGAUGGAAAGACAGUCGUGCGUAGUAUGUAAUUUUAAACGCUUAAGCUCGGCGCGUCUUCGCUUUUUCGAGCGAGCGCCCUCCACAUGCUCCACUCAGGGAUGCGGAAGGAAGUCUAUGUAUUCAGUAACGAAGCGAUUAUAUUUCAAUCGAACAGCAAAGCGAAGUGAGCAACAAUGAGCACCUUCGGUAGCCCGGGAGGACGGCAAAUCAUCUCCAAGCCAAUUCCGCCAGAACGAGGCUCCUUUCCACUCGAUCACGAAGCCGAAUGCCAGCCAAUCAUGAAGCAAUACCUCAAAUGCCUGCGCAGCCAUCGCGGCGUCAACGAUGACGAAUGUAGAGAGCUAUCUAAAUCGUAUCUGCAAUGUAGGAUGGAACGCAAUCUGAUGGCGCCGGACUCGAUGAGAAAUCUGGGCUUCCAGGAGAAGCCCGAAGACGGUGCCGCACAGAGCGAAGAAGGGCAGCAGCAAACAGAGAGGUGAAGACGUUGAAGUUCUUCGGUAGCAAUGAGCCGCUGUUCGGAGUAGCGCUGGACCGCACUGAUUCCAUCAGGAACGAGUGGAUACUAGCACACUUUCCUUACGCAGGUCACUGCCCUGACGCUGUAUAGGCCGUGCUGAUCGUUGGCAUUACGGGCUGCGCUGAAAGCGAACGCGU